GCCUGUCUAGAACCUAUAGGGAGAUCAACAAAGAAUCGUGUUUAUUCAAGCUCUUUUCCAGAGCGAUACAGAAAAUUUUUACGUAAAGGGCAAGCGCAAAGAAAAAUACUAACGGAACUAAAACUUUUACAUGCCUUCAGGACCUGCUCCACAGAACCCUGUUGGAAAAAGAGAGCAAACAUUCGUAUCUCUUAAUAGUCAUGAGGACCAGUUACCAUCGAUAAAUUAUAUUCGCCUCGUGGCUCACUCGAUGAGCCCGGAAGGUAAGGUAGUGAGAAAUGACUUUGCUGUUCACAAGCGUGCCGCACGCUUUUGCCGAUUGUUGGACACCGUUCUUGACGUGGCGGAUUUUAGUACCCAAAGCAAACCGGACCUCGUAUCUGGUACCAUACCACCGGUUACCCUGGACCAAGCAACCAAAGAGGGCUGCGAGGUCGUUUUGGAAUAUUUGGACUUGGUGCAAAUCCGAAUGCCAACCAACAUCAGCAAACCGCUCAGGGCACCAUUGGAGGAGUUAGUCCAACCUUGGGAAAUGGCUUUUCUUUUGGGAAAGUGUUUUGGGGAUAUAAAUGUGGAGGAGAGUGCGGAGUUCAAAACCUCCGCUUUCUUCAAAACCAUUGUAAAGAGAGGACCAAGGUCUCUGGACCGCAUUCUGGAGGUUGCUAUGCUGAGUGAUUUCUUAAUAAUAGAGUCUUUGCGAAAUUUAACAUGUGCCUUCUUAUCCUCGCUCGGGCUUUCAGCAUCUAAUGAGGAUGAAUUGUUAAAGCUUUGUGGCUUAGAUGCCGAAUUGUCUGAAGAGGAUCUUGAGCCUGUGUAUGCGCAAUUGGGUUUUUUGCGCUACCAUUAAGGAGUAGUCGAAUCUUGAUUAGCUCUUAAGGAUUCAUCUGCUAUGAAAAAAAAUGGAGGGCUGCUUGCAUUUUUCCUGUGUCUAUUACUUGAGGGCCUA